GUAACACUAUGGUGAGGGUCGGGUGCGCGCAUAGCCCGAAGUGAUGGGGCCGGGCCGGGCGCGCGCUUUGAUGUUGCAGUUUCGUUUUCCUGGCUGAGGCUGAUGCCAGGAAGAGAAGCGGAGAAUCUGGGGUGGGUGAUGACUGGUAACUCCUGGGCUCUCCUUCUCCCACCUCCAGUCUGGAUCGGACAGGAGCUCCACAUCUGCACAUUAGAUCGGUGGACUUCUACCAAAGCCCAGAAGGGAUUUUAGCGAGUAGAUUUGUUAAUCAGAUUGGAGAGAAUUCACACACACACACACACACAUAUAUAUAUAUAUAUGUAUAUAUUGGGCAUAUUGCACUGAACUCUUCGGAAGCCACAUAUCUGCCAAUCAUAUUGGAUAGAUUGUGAGAAUCGGACGAUCAAAAGCUGUAAGGAUUGUAUGAAGUGUAGAACAGAGGAUGGCAGAUUGCAAGGACCAGAUCGAAGGAUAAUAGUGUGCAAGCACCAGACAACCAUAGAUUGUAAGGAUCAGACAACCAUAGAUCGUAAGGAUCAGAUCGAAGGAUAAUAGAUUGUAAGGAUCAGACAACCAUAGAUCGUGAGGAUCAGAUCGAAGGAUAAUAGAUUGUAAGGAUCAAACGAUCAUGGUUUGUAAGGAUCAGAUCGGGCGAUUGUAGGAGUGCAGAAUAAAUACAUAAGUCCGAUUGGCACAGCUUUGGCUUGGAUUGAGGGGGGAUUUGAGUGAUAGAACAGCUAAGAAUUGUAGAUUAAUUAUAUAGAACUAAUUUCAAAUUGAAGAUUUAAUUAUUGGACUCUCUUGAUCCGCGGGGGCCGGACACUGAGUCACGACUGAUUGGGUGGCUCUUGCAGUACAGACCCACCACUUAGAUUGGAGAGAGUGGGAUAUUUGGUUUUGGCCAUAGAGAAGCUGUUGUAAGUUGAGGUAGAUAGUUGUGGGAGGUCCAUAUCUCGCGGGUAGUCCUCAUUUUAGGAGCAGACGCCCCGCCCUCUGAACAUGUCUGUCUCCUCCCCCCUCUCUCUGCGGCUUUGCAAGGUGCUUUGCUCCAAUUGGGGCAGUAUGGAGCAGGGGCAGUUGGCCCGGUCCCUGCAGUUGAGUUCAGAGCAAUUGUUCCAGUUGAUGGAUUCCAUGGAAGGUCAGACUUUGGUGACCAGAAAUCAAGAUGGUGAUCAGUUGGUGGUCUACGCCAGUCAGCUUCGCAUGUGUGCUGAUCGGAAACAGGAGUGUACGGGCGACUGCGGGAAACUUCACCUGUGCCGAUUUUUCAUCCUGGGGGGCUGCAGCAGGCCGCGCUGUAAGUUUGACCAUCGCAUCGAUACAGAUAAAGCUAUAAAGAUAUUGAAGAUGUACCAUCUGGACGGCUUGACCAUAACAGAAUUGCGCUAUCUGCUCUUACAGAAUGACCCCACCUUGCUGCCUGAUGUCUGUUUGCACUACAACCGUGGUGAGGGUCUUCAUGGCUCCUGCACCUUCAAAACCAGCUGCAACAAAUUGCAUGUCUGCCAACACUUCUUGCAAGGCGACUGCAAGUUUGGAAGUCAAUGCAAGAGGUCACAUGACCUCAGUGGAGAGGAAACGUGCCGGAAGCUGAUCAAAUGGGGGCUGGCUGCCAGCCUCGUGCCUCAAAUUCUGGAGUCAUACUUGAAUGCCAAUGCCAUUAAAAACAAUGUUACCCCAAAAGCAGAGUUUAAACCCCCUGCGAGCAAAGACAGGCCAGCAAUCCAGAGAUCUGCCAGUUCUCAGCCUGCGGAAGAGAUUUGUCUCUACUUCAUCUUAAACAACUGCAGCUUCAAAGAACGAUGUGUGAGGGACCACUAUCACCUCCCAUAUAGGUGGCAGGUGUGUUGUGAUGAUACCUGGAAGGACUUUUCAAGUAUGGAGGAGAUGGAGCGUGUUUAUUGCGACCCUAACUGCGGGAAUGCAGUGAGGAACCUGAAUUUCGACACCAUGAUGUAUAAAUCUAACAAAGUGAGACGACUCUCUACACCAUCCUCUUCCUCCAAACCUCCCCACUUCAUCCUUACCACUGAUUGGCUGUGGUACUGGAAGGACGAAUAUAACAAGUGGAUAGAAUAUGGCCGAGAGAACCAUGAUCACACCUCCGCCACCAUAACCAGCAGCGACAUUGAGACAGUCUACCUGUCUGAUGAGAGUGCCAGCGUCCAGUUCAACGCCGGGAAACACAGCUACGUGCUUAGUUUCAAAGAGAUGGUGCAGAGGAACGUCAAGUAUUGCACAGAGCGGGCCAUUUGCCGGAGGCCCAAGUUUGUGUCUGCAGAAGAUGUGCCAAAACUGAAGAAGAGAAAGUCUGAUGCACCCAAAACCGGCGACAAGUCAACCCCGGAACAGUGGGACCAGGGACAGAUACCCCAGGUCGGGUACAAGCUUGUUCCUCUUCCUGUGUCUUCAGAGGAGUAUAAGGCAAUACAGAGCAUGUUUCAGCUUACCGUUCCUGCAACCCAAAUACAGAGCAUCGAGCGGAUCCAGAAUCUGGCACUGUGGGAGGUCUAUCAGUGGCAGAAGGAGCAGAUGAAGAAGCUCAAUGGUGGUCGGGAGGUGGAUGAGCGCAAAGUAUUUCAUGGCACCAGCGCUGGUCUGGUUGAUGCCAUCUGUCAACAGAACUUUGACUGGCGUAUGUGCGGGGCGCAUGGCACGGCAUACGGGAAAGGCAGUUAUUUUGCCAGAGAUGCCGACUAUUCACACAGGUACUGUAAGCAUGCCGACUCUAAGGAGUACGCAAUGUUCGUGGCCCGAGUGCUGGUGGGAGAUUUCAUCCGCGGCUCUUCCUCGUACCUCCGCCCGCCUGCAAAAUCUUCCUCCGGAUCCAGCUUCUAUGACAGCUGUGUGGACAGUGUGAGCAAUCCUUCCAUAUUCGUCAUCUUUGAGAAGCACCAGAUCUACCCUGAAUACCUGAUUCGGUACAAAGAGAAGCCAGCCGACGUGCAGUCAAUGAUGGCUGCACUGCGCUUUAAGUAGGAGGGGAGGCAGAGUCACAGGAGGACUUUGUUUUACUGACGUCAUAUCAUAAACGCACACUUCUACUAUAGAAUAGGUUUUAGAUUAAAGUAGAUGUCAAUUCUAACUGGAUGUAGUUUAUAAUGCAUAUAAUACAGUGUAUAUGUGUGUGUGUGUAUAUAUAUAUAUAUAUCUAUCUAUCAUUUUUUCAUAAAAUCCUUUUUCCACUUUCUUCUUUAUUUUAUUCCUGCAGCCUUUUUCAUUCACUUCCUAUCUACAUGCACACACUCCAACGCUGGCUGCACAUCAUUGCUUUGGACUGUCUUCCUGACAAAUGUCAGGGUUGACCCAGAUGCCUUAGCUGCAACUGGCUCAGCCUCUCAGCGUUUAAUGGAAACCGCACUGGAAACCUGAAAGAUGUCCCAAGCUAAUGGGGGGGGGGGGGGGGGGGGUGUGUGUGUGUGUGUGUGUGUACUGGAACGCUGCUGUAUGACCAGGUACAUUUUUAAUAGGGCUGUUACUGAUUAAAAUAUUCGUGUUCGAUUAA